UGUGGAAAAGAAGAAACUGUAAAUCAUGUAAUAAUGGAGUGUUCCAUCCAUUAUACAGCAAGACGUCACAUGAUGUCAGAGUUAUUGGAGUGUGGAAUCUCUAAUAUAUCUGUACAGACUAUUCUUAACCCAAAGGAUUAUGAGUCCAUAAAGAUUUUUAUAAAGUUUCUGCGCAAGACUGGACUGUACGCAAGGAUUUAAAGGCUAAACCGAGUCCCUUAAUGACCUGAGGAGGGCAGUAAUACGCCGGUGAUGCGUCUAUGCUGCCGUAAAAUCAAAAGAAGAAGAAGAAAGAGCUCGCGUGUAAUGUGUUUGUGUAUCCUCAGUGUUUUUCUCUCUUGAGUGUUUUAUUGAGUGUAAACAGAGUCUUGUCUCUGUGUAUUUUAGUGUUGAUGAUGAGAUGGAUGUGAUGUGCUGUAAAUCAGGAACUGAUCAGGGCUUACAGGACGAGGAAUCUACUGAUCAAACCUCGACAGAGUCUCUGGAUUCUGUCUGUAACGCUGGAGAACAGCAGCAGAUCCUGCAGACCAAACUCAAGAUGUGUUCAGUCAAACUCAUCGACUUCAGGAACCUCAUGAUGAAGAUCAAAACUGAGCCAACAGAAAUAAAAACUGGACCUACAGAAAUAAAAACUGAACCUACAGCAGAUGAAUAUGAAGAAAAACAUAAUGAUGGUCAUGAUUUGAUUUCGCCAGAUGUGAAGAGUGAAUUAUGUUUGGAUGAAGAAAUUACUUCCUUGACUCUUUCCUGCAUCACCGGUGGAGAGACAUUGAGCUCACAGAGACAUUUAGAGAGAAAACACACAGAACAGAAGCAUUAUCUGAAGAAACACACCAAUGAGAGACCGUAUCAGUGCAGUGAAUGUGGAAAAACCUUUGGGUAUUCAGGUUCCUUGAAAAACCACCAGAAUAUUCACUCUGAAGAGAAACACUUUCAAUGUUUACACUGUAAUAAACAUUUCCGUCAGAAAUCUCAUUUGAUACUCCAUGAGAAAGUUCACACUGGAGAGAAACCUCAUCACUGUAGUGUAUGUAAGAAGAGUUUUAAUCAACGUCACAAUUUAGUUUCACAUCAGAGAACUCAUACAGGUGAAAAACCUUACAAAUGCUCUCAUUGUGAGAAGACGUUUACGGAGUCACGUUCUGUAAAAAUCCAUGAGAGACUUCACACUGGAGUGAAACCUUACCACUGCUCUCACUGUGGUAAGAGCUUCUCUGAUCCAUCUCAAUUCAGUGUCCAUCAGAGACUUCAUACUGGAGUGAAACCUUACCACUGCUCUCACUGUAGUAAGAGCUUCUCUGAUCCAUCUCAAUUCAGAGUCCAUCAGAGAAUUCACACUGGAGAGAAACCUUAUCAGUGUACUAUUUGCAGGAAGAGUUUUAAUCAAAAGUCAAACUUUGUAAAGCACCAGAGAAUUCAUACAGGAGAAAGACCUUACAAAUGACGCUUUUACAAUGCAUAGUAACCCACGGUUUGGUUUGGGUCAGCUCACCUCACUUUGGCUUGGUUAGCUUUUCCAUCAAGUUCCAGUAGGGCCUCACUGCAGAACACGACAUCCAGGGGCGGGGUUGGAUUUACAUCCAGGGACAGAGCUGGAUACAAAUCCAGAGAUCUCUUCCCACUGCAUUUUGAUUGGUCGGCAGUUUUACCACAAGACACGUCAUACAUGUGUUGUUGCGUUACCAUUUCCGCAUUGAGUCGUAACUUAAGUUAUUCUUUUGACAGAAAAACAAACUUUACUUAUGACUACAAUAAAAGUAGUGAUUUUAAGGUGAAAUGUAAGUGUUUUUGCUAUAAUAUUUUGGAGUAAAACAUUUCGGACACUACGAGUAAUCUUACCACAUGCAGCAUAAAUAUGCAUAAUUAUUUACAUAUAUAUGGCAAGUUAUUUAGAAAUUAAUAAAUUGAAUGUUUAUCGUGUAGGGACUUGUUUUAAACCGUCUUUGCUUACAGCCAUUAGGAAACAGGUUUCCUAAACAUGGUUUACGGUUUUUUAAAUGUACUAAUAAAAAUAUUAAAUAAAUGUGUGUUUUUAUGGGUAAUAAGUGGGACAAUGUACAGCCAAGCGUGUCGCAAAUAUAUCCCUUCAGUGACAUCACCCUGUCGGGAACGUCUCCCUUACACUAACUGUGAUCAUCACUGUCUAAAUUAUGAAUCAUUCUCAACUAUAUUAUUAAUCUUAAACUGAUAAUAGUAAACGUUGGCGACCACAGGAUGCAAUUAAUUGCGGGCUGCAACAACCCAAAUAUUCUGGUUCAUUUGGCGGAACAAAGUAUAUAAAGUGGGAGGAGUUGGAUCUAAAUCCAACCCUGCCCCCUGGAUCUCGUGUUCUGCAGUGAGGACCAUCUCUCAAGUUCAGACAGUGACACUUCAGAGUGGGAUGGAUUAUAGGCGUUCAUUAAAUUUGUGCUGCCUACUGCUGUGACAUCAUACAAUUGUGAGCGUUGUACAUUCCCAUGCAUUCAUUUAUUUCUCAGUUCACCACAAAAUAAAAAUUGACCAUCAUAAAUCGAUGUUUGCACAUCGUGUUUAUCCCUACCUCUGUCUCACUUUCUGUACAAACACCUGUGGUGUCAGUCGAUGCGCUCCGCUGAGCCUCAUUUAAGUUGCAUUUAAGCAUAUAUGCGGAUGUGCUCGUCACGAAUGUGCCGCCACAAACUGCAAGUCUGGAAAAAAACUGUUAUGGUGUUACUGAUUCUCAACCUGGAUGUUUUUCAUCGCUAAAUGGAGUUUGGGAACAUAUAGUAAAGCACAGAUAACAACAUGUUUACUCGAAAAGGCGCAAGCUAGCACUAAGGUAAAGCUAAUCUUACAUUACAGCGAUGCCGCUGGCAGUGACGAUUCAGUGCAGUUUGCAAACUUUUCUCAUCGUGAAAGUUAAUGUGCAUUUAAAAGCUCUUUAAAACAGGUCUGAACGAUAUAUCUUGUUGCGAUGAUCCGUGAGCAUUUUUGUAUAUUAUACGUUCAUAUGAGCGCAUGACUCGCUAUUCUUUUAUGCUGGUGAAUGAUCUUCGCUUCAGCGCUGACAGUGAGCUCUCUGAU